UCUCUCUGUUUGUAUUUUCGGAUCUUGAAAAUUUUUGAGAUUCUUAAAUUAUUAUUAGAGAUAAUUAAACCUUAAUGUUACAAUUAAAGAGUUAAUCAUAUCCCUUAAAUCAUGUCUAUAAUAAUUAGAUUACAAAAUUUACCUUGGGAAGCCAAUUCAUUGGAUAUUCGUCGAUAUUUUCAAGGAUUAUCAAUACCUGAUGGUGGUGUUCAUAUUGUUGGAGGUGAUAAGGGUGAUGCUUUCAUUGCCUUUUCGAGUGAUGAAGAUGCCAGACAAGCCAUGGAAAGAGAUGGUGGUCCAAUUAAAGAUUCAAGAGUUAAACUGUAUUUAAGCAGUCGUAAUGAGAUGCAAAAGGUUAUUGAACAGGCUCGUACUCAAACAUUAGGAAUCAAAGGAAAUGACACUGGUCCGCCUACUGUUGGUGGUGGUGGAUCUUCACAUCUUAUUGGUAAGCAAGUAAAUCAACCUCCAUCAUCAGUAUUACAUCCACCUAAUCACCAUGGACCUGAACCAGUUGGACCACCAGGAAUGGUUAAUUAUCCAACAAUUUCAAAUGUAACUAAUCAACCAGGAAACUAUGCUGAGGCUGAUUUACAUCGUCGAUCAAGUGAAAGAGAUAUUUCUCGUGGCAUAGGUGACAGGUCACGAAAUAGGAGUAGAAGUAGAUCUCCUCUUUAUAGUAGAGGUGGUCCAGUUGGCGAUCAUCUUAAUCAUGCCCAUCCUUCUUCAGGUCCCUACAAUCAUCGUAUCCAUGGUGGCCCUGGUGGAAUGGGUCACAUGGACGAUUCUAGGGGUAAACCAGAUUCUAUACCAGGUUAUGGUCAAGUUCCUGUGAGAUCAGGUUUAGAGGGUCCACCGCCAUCAAGGCCAUCAGGCUAUGGUGGCGGUUCUAAUAUAGCUUUAGGACCAAAUAGUGGUCAGGAUAUCAGCUCAGGGCCUGGAGGUGGCGGUGGUUGGUUAUCAAGAGAGAGUGAUAAUUUUGAUAAUCGUCCGAAAGCACCAGGAGGUGAUCCUAGACUAGCUUCAGCUCAAGUUAAAUCCUAUGGUGAACCUCAUCACCCUCAUUUACCUCCUCCUUCCCAUGGUGGACCUUCCCAUGGUCCACCUCUUAAUCAUCAAAAUUUUUCUGUUGAACUAAGAGGUUUAUCAUUUAACGUGGCUCCAAGAGAUAUUCAAGAAUUUUUUCGACAAGUAGGUGUUUAUCUUCAUGAAGAGGCAAUUAAGAUACUUGUUGAUGAUCGAGGUUACACAACCGGCGGUGCAAUUGUCCGGUGUGCAAAUGUACGUGAUUAUGAGGCUGCUCUUGCGAAACAUGGCUCAUUUAUGGGAGACAGAAGAAUAGACGUAAUGCCUUUGCCAGAAACUCUAAAUGAAGAUUUUACUCGUGGUCCCGGUGGUAAUAAUGGUCCACCGAUUGGAAUGGGCCAUGGACCACAAUCAAUUCCCUCACCACCAAUUGGAGGUAAUGGUCAAUCAACAGGUCGUCCACCGGCAGGUUAUCAACCUUCACCUUCUCAUGAACCUUUACCACCUCAACAAGAUUAUGUUAUUUAUAUGAAAGGAAUUCCCUACAAUAGUUGUACAGAACCUGAUGUGGCUGAAUUUUUUUCUGGUCUUCGAUUUAUUGAUAUUGUUUUUGAAAUUGAUGGACGAACUGGUAAACCGGCGGGAAAUGCAUUUGUUGAAUUUGCAACAAAUGAAGAUUUCAAUUCAGCUCUCGAUAUGAAUAUGAAACACAUGGGUAGAAGAUACAUUGAAGUUUUCCCUACGACAAAAGAUGACAUGAAUGAUGCUCGAAUGCUUCAGGAUCGAAGCAGUGGUGGCGGUGGUCAUUUACCUCCAGGUAGAGGUGGAGGUGGAACAAGUUCUGGCAGCGGUUCAGGAGGGCCAACUUUCUGUGUUUCAGUAACUAAUUUACCACCGACCAUAACAAAUCGUGAUCUAACCAAUUAUUUCAGUGAAAUUGGUGCUCAACCAUUUGCUAUUCACAUUAUGCUUAAGGCUAAUGGUUUAAAUGCCGGUGAAGCAUUUGUUGAGUUUUCAAGUAAAGAUCAACAAAUGAAAGCAGUUCGUAAAGAUGGUACGUUUAUGGAGGGUCAAAGAAUAUCAGUUCGAUCAGUACCUCAUGAUCUGAUGAGAAGAGUAGUGGGUAUUCCACCUCCUGGAGGUCAUGGUCCACCGGGAGCACCGAUGAAUAAUGGCGGAAUGGAUGGACCCAUGAGACAUGGCGGCAACGGUGGCGGCGGCGGCGGCGGUGGAAACGGCACUGGUGGACCAAUGUUCCCUCAUGGAGAUAUGGGCGGUGAUCCAAGGAAAAUGAGACGAGGCGGUCGAGAAGACGGUUUUCGAGGACGACGCGGAGAAAAGGACGGACGACGCGGUGGCAACGAUGGACCUCACCAAGGAGGAAAUUAUAACAGCUUUGCUGACCAUCGGUGUGUUGUGAUUGCUUCGAAUAUACCUUACAAGGCUACCAAUGAGGAUAUUUGUGUCUUUUUUGCAGACUUCGAUAUUAAACAUGAUCGUAUUACCCGACGGUUAAAUGACAAAGGCCAGGCCACGGCGGAUUGUAGCGUUGAAUUUAGGACUCCAGAAGAUGCAGCCAAAGCUGUUAGGACGAUGCAUAAAAAGUUUCUUAUUGGUCGACCGGUUUUCCUCCGACUUGCUUCCUGAUACUAACUUUCCCGUUGAUUUCAAGUCAUAAAACAUCUCAUCAUUGGUCAUCUUAAAAAAGUUUAAUUUCUUGGCAAUUUGAACUUUUUAAUGGUCACUCUAAUGCGCGUCACUAUCUCAGUCUAUCUUUUUUGCUUCUCUCUGCCAGUCACUUAUACAUAAACAAUUACAUUUCAACGCCAUGAUCAUGUUGUCAAUUGUCAUCUUAUCCAUGUUUUCAUCCUGUUUGUCAUCAGCCAUCAUCUUUCAUCCUUCAUCUUCACAAUUAUCAUCAUACUCUCAUCAUUUAUCAACUUAACUCAUCGAAAGUUAUGAGUUUUCUUUCAAAGAAUUUGAUCCAAAGCGAAACAAAUACAAAGACCUAUUCUUUCAUUAUUUUUA